CGCGCGGGAGCGCGCUGGAAGGCGGAGUGAGUGUACGGUGGCGUCAUGGGCGACACAGAAUAGCUCGCUGCGAGGACAGCAACACACAUCAAGCCUCCCUUCCUUUAUUUCCUUCCCUUACCCAGCCGCACCUUUGGGCAGAAACCAAAAGCAGCCCGGCGUCCGUCCGGAGUCUUCUGCUUCCCCCUCCCCCCUUGCCUUUCUUUGCCCUAGUGACGCCGGUAUAGCGCCGACUAGGCCCCGGCUCCUCCUCUGCUGGCCUCCGGACCCUGCCCCGCACCCACCCCUUUCUCCUACGCCUCUUCCUCUCCCACCCGGGUCUCUUCCUUUCUGGAGGCCGGGAAGUUAAACUUGUAGCCACCACCUCCGCUCUUCCCGUCACCCUCGCCCCCACUUCGGGCCGAAAGCACGGUACAGAGGCUGUUGGUGGCUUUGCCACGCCACCCCACCCACCCCGGAUCGCGGCCGCCUUUAAGGGACCUGGAUUCAUCAGGGGCUCUCCGGGGCCUGUGCGAGUGCUGAUCUGCUCCGUUUUUGCAAAAGGCGCCUGUGUCUGGCAGAGCCGGUGUGAGACGAGACAAUCCUGCCCCGCCGCCGGGAUAAUCAAGAGUUUUGGCCGGACCUUUCAGCAUACACCGAGAGAGUGAGGAGCCAGACGACAAGCACACACUAUGGCGCUGAAACGGAUUAAUAAGGAACUUAGUGAUUUGGCCCGUGACCCUCCAGCACAAUGUUCUGCAGGUCCAGUUGGGGAUGAUAUGUUUCAUUGGCAAGCCACAAUUAUGGGACCUAAUGACAGCCCAUAUCAAGGCGGUGUAUUCUUUUUGACAAUUCAUUUUCCUACAGACUACCCCUUCAAACCACCUAAGGUUGCAUUUACAACAAGAAUUUAUCAUCCAAAUAUUAACAGUAAUGGCAGCAUUUGUCUCGAUAUUCUAAGAUCACAGUGGUCGCCUGCUUUAACAAUUUCUAAAGUUCUUUUAUCCAUUUGUUCACUGCUAUGUGAUCCAAACCCAGAUGACCCCCUAGUGCCAGAGAUUGCACGGAUCUAUAAAACAGACAGAGAUAAGUACAACAGAAUAUCUCGGGAAUGGACUCAGAAGUAUGCCAUGUGAUGCUACCUUAAAGUCAGAAUAACCUGCAUUAUAGCUGGAAUAAACUUUAAAUUACUGUUCCUUUUUUGAUUUUCUUAUCCGGCUGCUCCCCUGUCAGACCUCAUCUUUUUUAAUUUUAUUUUUUGUUUACCUCCCUCCAUUCAUUCACAUGCUCAUCUGAGAAGACUUAAGUUCUUCCAGCUUUGGACAAUAACUGCUUUUAGAAACUGUAAAGUAGUUACAAGAGAACAGUUGCCCAAGACUCAGAAUUAAAAAAAAAAAAAAAAAAUGGAGCAUGUGUAUUAUGUGGCCAAUGUCUUCACUCUAACUUGGUUAUGAGACUAAAACCAUUCCUCACUGCUCUAACAUGCUGAAGAAAUCAUCUGAGGGGGAGGGAGAUGGAUGCUCAGUUGUCACAUCAAAGGAUACAGCAUUAUUCUAGCAGCAUCCAUUCUUGUUUAAGCCUUCCACUGUUAGAGAUUUGAGGUUACAUGAUAUACUUUAUGCUCAUAACUGAUGUGGCUGGAGAAUUGGUAUUGAAUUUAUAGCAUCGGCAGAACAGAAAAUGUGAUGUAUUUUAUGCAUGUCAAUAAAGGAAUGACCUGUUCUUGUUCUACAGAGAAUGGAAAUUGGAAGUCAAACACCCUUUGUAUUCCAAAAUAGGGUCUCAAACAUUUUGUAAUUUUCAUUUAAAUUGUUAGGAGGCUUGGAGCUAUUAGUUAAUCUAUCUUCCAAUACACUGUUUAAUAUAGCACUGAAUAAAUGAUGCAAGUUGUCAAUGGACGAGUGAUCAACUAAUAGCUCUGCUAGUAAUUGAUUUAUUUUUCUUCAAUAAAGUUGCAUAAACCAAUGAGUUAGCUGCCUGGAUUAAUCAGUAUGGGAAACAAUCUUUUGUAAAUGCAAAGCUGUUUUUUGUAUAUACUGUUGGGAUUUGCUUCAUUGUUUGACAUCAAAUGAUGAUGUAAAGUUCGAAAGAGUGGAUAUUUUGCCAUGUUCAGUUAAAGUGCACAGUCUGUUACAGGUUGACACAUUGCUUGACCUGAUUUAUGCAGAAUUAAUAAGCUAUUUGGAUAGUGUAGCUUUAAUGUGCUGCACAUGAUACUGGCAGCCCUAGAGUUCAUAGAUGGACUUCUGGGACCCAGCAGUUUUGAAAUGUGUUUAUGGAGUUUAAGAAAUUUAUUUUCCAGGUGCAGCCCCUGUCUAACUGAAAUUUCUCUUCACCUUGUACACUUGACAGCUGAAAAAAAAACAUGGGAGUAAUAAUGGGUCAAAAUUUGCAAAAUAAAGUACUGUUUUGGUGUGGGAGUUGUCAUGAGGCUGUGUUGAAGUGACUUAUCUAUGUGGGAUAUUGAGCAUCCAUUGAAAUGGAUUUGUUCAGCCAUUUACAUUAAUGAGCAUUUAAAUGCAACAGAUAUCAUUUCAGGUGACUUAACAUGAAUGAAUAAAAGUCAAUGCUAUUGGAUUGUU